AUGGAAGUAGAAACUAGACAAACUUCUGAAUGGUCUAAGCUUGAAGAAAGUACUCCAAUCUCUAAGGGUAGUAGAUGGGACGAAACACCUAGAGACUCGGAAGAUUCAGUAACAGAGACACCACGCAAACGAAGUAGAUGGGAUGUUACUCCUCAAGUUUCAACAAAGAAAUCUCGUUGGGAUGAAACACCUACUCAUCCAGGAGCUCAAAUUGGAGCUACACCUGUUGGGAAUUUGGGUUUAGUAACUCCUACUCCUGGUCACCUCGUGCCUAUGACGCCUGAAGUACAACGAUGGGAAAAAGAUCUAGAUGCACGUAAUAAACCUUUAUCAGAUGAGGAACUUAACGCAAUGUUUCCUUCAACUGGUUACAAAAUUCUGGAACCACCAUCAGGAUAUGUACCCAUUAGAACUCCUGCUCGUAAAUUAAUGGCAACACCCACACCAAUGGCGGGCGAAGGUUUUAUAAUGUUAGAAGAAGAUCCCAACCAAACUUAUGAUUUACCUCCAGAAAUACCAGGUGUUGGUAACUUGCCAUUUUUUAAACAAGAAGAUAUGCAACACUUUGGUAAAUUAUUAGAAGAUAAAGAUGAAAGUGAAUUAUCUGUCGAAGAGUUGAAAGAGCGCAAGAUCAUGAGAUUACUUCUUAAAAUAAAAAAUGGAACACCUCCAAUGAGGAAAACUGCACUUCGGCAAAUCACAGAUAAAGCUAGGGACUUUGGAGCUGGUCCACUUUUUAAUCAAAUUCUUCCUCUAUUGAUGUCUCAAAAUUUAGAAGAUCAAGAACGUCAUUUACUAGUUAAAGUAAUUGAUCGUAUUCUUUAUAAGCUCGAUGCUUUGGUACGUCCAUAUGUCCAUAAAAUCCUUGUGGUCAUUGAACCACUUUUGAUUGAUGAAGAUUAUUUUGCAAGAUGUGAGGGCCGUGAAAUUAUAAGUAAUUUAAGUAAAGCUGCAGGAUUGCCAACUAUGAUUGCUACAAUGAGACCAGAUAUUGAUCACGUUGAUGAAUACGUUAGAAACACUACAGCAAGAGCCUUUUCAGUUGUAGCAUCUGCACAUGGAAUUCCUGCGUUAUUACCAUUUUUGAAAGCAGUAUGCAAAAGUAAAAAAUCAUGGCAAGCCAGACAUACGGGAAUAAAGAUCGUUCAACAGAUAGCCAUUUUGAUGGGAUGUGCAGUCCUACCACAUUUAAAAAAUUUGGUCGAAGCCAUUGCACAUGGAUUAGAAGAUGAACAACAAAAGGUUCGUACUAUCACAGCAUUGGCCAUUGCAGCGUUGGCAGAAGCAGCAGCUCCAUAUGGUAUAGAAUCAUUCGAUUCAGUACUUAAACCACUUUGGACUGGUAUACGUAAACAUCGUGGCAAAGGACUUGCUGCGUUUUUGAAGGCUAUAGGAUAUAUUAUUCCACUUAUGGACGCAGAAUAUGCUAAUUAUUACACAAAAGAAGUUAUGAUUAUAUUGAUUCGAGAGUUUCAAUCACCAGAUGAGGAGAUGAAAAAAAUAGUUCUCAAGGUGGUGAAACAAUGUGCAGCAACAGAUGGAGUAUUGCCACAAUAUAUAAAAGACGAGAUACUUCCAGAAUUUUUCAAGAACUUUUGGGUUCGUAGAAUGGCACUCGAUCGUAGAAAUUAUAGACAGGUGGUGGAGACUACAGUUGAACUUGCACAAAAAGUUGGAGUCACAGAGAUAGUGGGACGUAUUGUUGAAGAUUUGAAAGAUGAAUCGGAACCAUAUAGAAAAAUGGUAAUGGAAACGGUCGAGAAAGUGGUUAGUCAAUUGGGAGCAGCAGAUAUUGAUACAAGAUUGGAGGAAGUCUUAAUCGAUGGUAUAUUGUAUGCAUUUCAAGAACAAACUGUUGAAGAUAUUGUUAUGUUGAAUGGUUUUGGUACAGUGGUUAAUGCACUUGGACUUCGAGUCAAACCAUAUUUACAACAGAUCACGUCAACGAUUUUAUGGCGUCUUAAUAAUAAAUCAGCUAAAGUUCGACAACAAGCAGCAGAUUUAAUAUCACGAAUUGCAGUAGUCAUGAAAACAUGUGGAGAAGAAAAGUUAAUGGGACAUCUUGGAGUGGUACUUUAUGAAUAUUUGGGAGAGGAAUAUCCAGAAGUACUUGGCUCGAUUUUAGGAGGCUUAAAAUCAAUUGUUAACGUUAUUGGUAUGUCAAGUAUGACGCCGCCAAUUAAAGAUCUUCUUCCGCGUCUAACACCUAUUCUCAAGAAUAGACACGAAAAGGUCCAAGAAGCUUGCAUAGAUCUUGUUGGACGUAUUGCAGAUAGAGGAGCAGAGUUUGUCAGUGCAAGGGAAUGGAUGCGAAUUUGCUUUGAAUUAUUAGAUAUGCUUAAAGCACAUAAAAAAGGAAUUAGAAGAGCCACUGUAAAUACUUUUGGCUACAUAGCUAAAGCAAUCGGACCACAAGAUGUUUUAGCAACAUUACUUAAUAACCUCAAAGUACAAGAACGUCAAAACCGAGUAUGUACUACAGUAGCUAUAGCAAUUGUUGCAGAAACUUGUGCACCAUUCACAGUGCUUCCUGCUUUAAUGAAUGAGUAUCGUGUACCAGAAUUAAAUGUACAAAAUGGUGUCUUGAAGUCACUUUCAUUUUUAUUUGAAUAUAUUGGUGAAAUGGGGAAAGAUUAUAUUUAUGCAGUAACACCAUUAUUGGAAGAUGCAUUGAUGGACCGUGAUUUGGUUCAUAGACAAACAGCAUGUACAACUGUAAAACAUAUGUCAUUAGGUGUUUUCGGAUUAGGAUGCGAGGAUGCACUUCUUCAUCUUCUUAAUUAUGUUUGGCCAAAUAUAUUUGAAACAUCACCUCAUGUUAUUAAUGCAGUUAUGGAGGCCAUUGAAGGUUUAAGAGUUGCACUUGGACCUGUUACAGUUCUUCAAUACGUUUUACAGGGAUUGUUUCAUCCUGCACGUAAAGUUCGUGAAAUCUACUGGAAAAUAUAUAAUAAUUUAUAUAUUGGAGCACAAGAUGCAUUAAUUCCAUAUUAUCCUCGUAUAGAAGAUGACGAAAGAAAUAACUACGAAAGAUAUGAGUUGUCAAUGUGGAUUUAA